CCCGGCCGCCGUGUGGGAGGACAACUCUUCCUCUCGGGGAGCCUCGUGUGGGACCGCUGCAUCCAACUUGCCGACCGGGCGCCAGCAAGCCCCCCACAGCUGGAUAAUGUCUACGCCGAGCCGAUUCAAGAAGGACAAAGAGAUCAUCGCCGAGUAUGAAAGUCAAGUCAAAGAAAUCCGAGCUCAAUUGGUAGAACAACAAAAAUGCCUGGAACAGCAAACAGAGAUGCGCGUCCAGUUGCUCCAGGACCUACAAGAUUUCUUCCGGAAAAAAGCAGAAAUUGAGACGGAAUAUUCUCGGAACCUAGAGAAGUUAGCAGAAAGGUUCAUGGCAAAAACAAGAAGCACUAAGGAUCACCAGCAGUACAAGAAGGACCAGAACCUCUUGUCUCCCGUGAACUGCUGGUAUUUACUCCUGAACCAAGUGAGGCGAGAAAGCAAAGAUCAUGCAACCUUGAGUGACAUCUACCUGAACAAUGUGAUCAUGCGGUUCAUGCAGAUAAGCGAGGAUUCCACCCGGAUGUUUAAAAAGAGUAAAGAGAUUGCAUUCCAACUUCAUGAGGAUUUAAUGAAGGUUCUUAAUGAGCUUUAUACGGUGAUGAAAACAUACCACAUGUAUCAUGCAGAGAGCAUCAGUGCAGAAAGCAAGCUGAAGGAGGCUGAGAAGCAGGAAGAAAAGCAAAUCGGAAGAUCUGGUGACCCAGUCUUUCAUAUCAGGCUGGAAGAGAGGCACCAGCGCCGAAGCUCUGUGAAGAAAAUAGAAAAAAUGAAAGAAAAGAGACAAGCAAAGUAUUCUGAAAAUAAGCUAAAGUCGAUUAAGGCACGGAAUGAGUAUCUCCUUACCCUCGAAGCAACUAAUGCCUCAGUUUUCAAGUAUUAUAUUCAUGAUCUUUCAGAUUUAAUUGAUUGCUGUGAUCUUGGCUACCAUGCAAGUUUGAACAGAGCCUUAAGAACAUAUCUCUCUGCGGAGUACAACCUUGAAACCUCCAGACAUGAAGGCUUGGACAUUAUUGAGAAUGCAGUUGACAAUUUGGAGCCCCGGAGUGAUAAGCAGAGAUUCAUGGAGAUGUACCCUGCUGCGUUCUGCCCACCAAUGAAGUUUGAGUUCCAGUCACACAUGGGGGAUGAGGUCUGUCAAGUCAGCGCUCAGCAGCCGGUGCAGGCAGAGCUCAUGCUCAGGUACCAACAGCUGCAGUCACGACUGGCCACACUCAAAAUCGAGAAUGAAGAGGUUAAAAAAACAACUGAAGCCACCUUGCAGACCAUUCAAGAUAUGGUCACCAUCGAGGACUAUGAUGUUUCCGAAUGCUUUCAGCAUAGCCGCUCCACGGAGUCUGUCAAGUCUACCGUCUCUGAAACCUACCUGAGCAAGCCCAGCAUUGCCAAGAGAAGAGCCAACCAGCAGGAAACUGAGCAGUUCUACUUCAUGAAACUCCGAGAAUAUUUGGAAGGCAGUAAUCUCAUCACAAAGCUUCAAGCCAAGCAUGACUUGCUGCAGAGAACUCUUGGAGAAGGUCAUAGAGCUGAAUAUAUGACUACAAGGCCUCCAAAUGUUCCCCCUAAGCCCCAGAAACACAGGAAGUCCAGACCCCGCUCACAGUAUAAUGCUAAGUUGUUUAAUGGGGAUUUGGAAACAUUCGUCAAGGACUCAGGACAGGUCAUCCCCCUCAUCGUGGAAAGCUGCAUCCGGUUCAUCAACCUCUAUGGUCUUCAGCAUCAGGGAAUUUUCAGAGUUUCGGGUUCCCAGGUGGAAGUCAAUGAUAUUAAAAAUUCCUUUGAGAGAGGUGAAAACCCUUUGGCUGAUGACCAGAGUAACCACGAUAUUAACUCAGUGGCUGGAGUGCUGAAGCUCUAUUUCCGUGGCCUGGAAAACCCCCUCUUUCCUAAGGAAAGAUUUAACGAUUUGAUUUCUUGUAUCAGAAUAGAUAAUCUCUAUGAGAGGGCGCUUCACAUCCGCAAACUCCUUCUGACCCUGCCCAGGUCGGUCCUGAUAGUGAUGAGGUACCUCUUUGCCUUCCUCAAUCAUCUUUCGCAGUACAGUGAUGAGAACAUGAUGGACGCUUAUAACCUGGCCAUCUGCUUUGGCCCAACACUGAUGCCUGUCCCAGAUACACAGGAUCAGGUGUCGUGCCAGGCUCAUGUGAAUGAAAUUGUCAAAACCAUCAUCAUCCACCAUGAGACUAUUUUCCCAGAUGCUAAAGAGCUGGAUGGUCCAAUUUACGAAAAAUGCAUGGCUGGAGAUGACUACUGUGACAGCCCAUACAGUGAGCAUGGUACGUUGGAAGAAGUGGAUCAGGAUGCUGGUACAGAGCCCCACACCAGUGAAGAUGAAUGCGAGCCCAUAGAAGCAAUAGCCAAGUUUGACUACGUUGGACGGUCUGCCAGAGAACUGUCUUUCAAGAAGGGCGCCUCCCUGCUGCUGCAUCACCGCGCCUCCGAGGACUGGUGGGAAGGCCGCCACAACGGGAUCGACGGCCUCGUGCCUCACCAGUACAUCGUGGUGCAGGAUAUGGAUGAUACAUUUUCAGAUACUCUGAGCCAAAAAGCAGACAGUGAGGCCAGCAGCGGGCCAGUCACUGAGGACAGGUCUUCUUCCAAGGACAUGAACUCCCCAACAGACCGUCAUUCCGACAGCUACCUCGCCAGGCAAAGGAAGAGAGGAGAGCCUCCCCCUCCAGGAAGGCGUCCUGGCAGGACCAGUGAUGGCCAUUGCCCCCUCCACCCACCCCAUGCGCUUUCCAACUCCUCAGUUGACCUGGGCUCCCCAAGCUUGGGCGGUCACCCCCGAGCCUUGCUGCAGAAUCGUGGCCUCACCAACGACAGUCCUGAGAGGAGGCGCCGGCCUGGCCACGGCAGCCUGACCAACAUCAGUCGGCAUGACUCCCUCAAGAAGAUGGACAGCCCUCCUAUUAGAAGGUCCACGUCAUCGGGGCAGUACCCAGGCUUCAGUGACCACAAGCCGCUGGACCCCGAGACCAUUGCUCAGGACAUUGAAGAUACGAUGAACACUGCGUUGAACGAGCUCCGAGAACUGGAGAGACAGAGCACAGCAAAGCAUGCCCCUGACGUGGUGCUGGAUACCUUGGAGCAGGCGAAAAACUCUCCGACUCCGACUUCGUCCACGGAAUCGCUCAGCCCUUUGCACAGCAUGGCCCUCAGGGGCUCCGAGCCGCAGAUCCGCCGCAGCACGAGCUCUUCCAGUGACACCAUGAGUACUUUCAAGCCAGUGGUGGCACCCAGAAUGGGCGUUCAGCUGAAGCCACCGGCCCUCCGGCCCAAACCCGCCGUUCUUCCAAAAACAAACCCUACCAUAGGACCUGCCCCACCUGCCCAGGGUCCAACAGACAAGUCUUGCACCAUGUAAAACCCAGCUGAGCAAGGUCAUCAGAGGCGGCAAUUUAAAAACAAAAAAAGGAUUAGUGACAAAAGUCAGCAAUUCAUAGCUUUCAUUAGUUUGUGCUUUUAACUGGAGAUCUUUUGGCUUUUCUAUGUUCUCAAAUGUACUGUCUAAGACUAGAGAAAUUAACACGGGCAUUUGUAUUUUGUAAUGUUGGUUGUUUUUUUUUAAUAACUGGACAUAUGUCGUUUUAAAGACAAUAGAAACACUUAGACGUACUUGAAAAUCCAAUGCUGCACCAAUUGUAAAGAAGGCAACACCGCUCUGCAUUGACUGGGCUUUAGAUGUAGUGUAGCCCCGGGGAGGCAGAAGAGAGCCCUGGGGCACACUGAUUGAAAUGUUCGGCUGGGAACUGAAAGAUUGAUGGUUCAAACCCACCAACUGCCCCAUGGGAGAACUCUGGCUGUCUGCUUCCAUAAAGAUUUAUGGCCUUGGAAACCCUAUGGGGCAAUUCUACUCUGUCCUUACAAGGUCCCUUACAGGGAGUGGGAAUCGCCUCAGCAGUGGGUUUGGUUUCCAGUUGGGGAGAGUCCGUAAAGAUGGGAAGAUGUCAGAAUCUAAGCUCCAGGCCUUGUUGAGUAUAACCAGUGUGGGUCUUUUGCACGGGGUUGCUAAAAACGGAAAGUAGCAUUCGUGAGCUGCCAGGGAGCCACUCUGAGGCACGGUCAGCUCAUGCUACAGACUGGUGGUUGCCCCCGUGGGUCCUGGGGCUGGGUGCUGACUUUUAAUUCCCCUGGGUUCAGGGAGAAGGCUCCAUGGAUGAGGGUGGAAGCGGUGCCAGGACAGCACAAACAGAACCUGGGACCAGAGAGAGUUGCAGCCCUCCCCCAAAGCUUCUGAAAGUCUGAUCCGCCCCCGGAAGAUUUCCAACCUGUCCCCAGAAUUCAUGAACUCUAACAGAGAGUCUAAUUAAAAGACUUCCUGGUCACACUACUCAACAAACUCCUUUAGAAAUCUGUUGUUUAAUAACCGCCUAGAACAUAUUUCUCUCCCCCCUAUGUUAUCUGUGGCAAUGGAGAACCAGUAGUAUUCAGGUCUCCUGUUCCCUCAGCCUUCUCUUCUCCUAAAUAAAUGAGCCUGGUUCCUUUAAACUUCCUGUGGAGGCCUUAUCAUUCUCAAGUCAGUUCCCGCUCACCUCUGUGUGUCCCUCUGGGCCAGCACAGCCCGGCCAACCUGAAGGAUUACCUCAUGCUUCCAGGAUGAGCUUCCCUGAUUUUGCGCACAGGAACCAUGACCUCUUGGGGGCUUGUGGUCUUUACCUAGGUCACAUGGUCAGCUGAAGCUGCACUGGGGCCUCUCUCUCUGGCGUUCUAGGACAUCAGCGAUGUCUCUCCCGCCAACAUGUAUGCUGUUUUCCCUCUGUCUUACAAAGGUCUCUUUCCACUCCUUCUACAAAAAGUACAAAUGACCUUUCUCCUGUUGGCAGCAGCUUUUUCAGCUGUAAAUGUUUGUGCAUUUUACCUGCUCUAUCACCCGAUUUCUAGAUGAUCAGACAGUUCCCAAGAAAGCAGAUGGAGAUGGCCCAGAACUAACCCCUCUAGCACUGUCCGGGAUGUCCAUCUAGCUACCACGUGUCUCUUGAUGACUUGAACGUGGUUUCAGUCAGUGGAGUCAUUGCAGGUGCACCUGGGCAUUAUAAGCCUCCGCUCUGCCUGCUCAUCGACACGUGCAUCAUACAGGGGGAAAUCUGGGUUUUUACUUAAAUCAAGAUCAUUUUAGCGCUACCUCAGUUUUCUAGGUUGAAAGAAGAGAUGACAUUAAGGUAUAGACUUAACUUUCAAAGUCACAAAGCUGGCUGUUGGCCAAGCCCUAAUUUCACAGAUGGGUUAAAGAGUGCGUCUAUUUUUAAGUAUUUCCAGGUGUGGUCAACUUAAAUGAAUAAAUUUUCAGAACCAUCUUUUCUUCUGCCUCCCCCUGGCCCCCACCAUUUUGAAAAAGAGGCCCUGCUCAUCUUGUCCAACCCCUUAUCUUUUCUCUCGAGCUUUACUGUCCCGUCAGCGCAUUGAGACCCUGCAGAGACACAACCAGGCUUAUCUUUCAAAUAGCACUUUCCCUUUUAAACAAGAGUCCCUGCUCUCGCCCCACUCCACUGGGGUUCGGCUUCCCUGCGCCUCAGUGUGGGGAGAGAAGCAGAGAGUCACUUGGACGUAAGAAAGGCGAGGGAGGUGUAGAAAGUAGAGGGGGGGAAGGACAUUGAAAAGCUUUCCUGGUUUGACAGAAGAGUAAGCUGCUAACAGCAUUAGGGCAGAGGUGUUUUCAUGUAUUACUCUCUGUCCCUUUUACGAGCUUUAACUGGAGCUUUGUGGCUCUCACUCUGGCAAGCUCCUCUCUUCAGACUCCGAGUCUCCCGUCUUGGUGGUCUACGUUUAGGAUGGAAAGCAGCUUGUUCUUAUGCCCACCAAAGCAGGGCUCUGCUGCUGCUCUGGACGACAGAAAUCAGGCCGCUCCAGAGCCUCAGAGCUGUACCUUCCCAGAGGAACCAGCCCCAAGCAAUCGAUCACGCAGGGCUCCAUCCCUGGGCUGAUCUAGCCUCUCCCUACGCACUGUUGUCACCCAGAGGCCUUUUUUUUUUUUUUUUUUUGCCUUUUUGGCAGUUCCACGAGGAGAAUACUGCUUAGUAAGGACUCAGUAAGUCUUCCAGUUCCAGGAGUAAGACAGUAUGACCCUUGGCAAAGGGGCCAAAAGAACACAGGGAAGGUCACGAAAAGCUGCAUCAGGUGAGUGGGCUCACCUGGUACCUGGCCUCCUUUAUAGCCAUCGGUAGGAGGGGCUGGGGAAGGCAGAAGGAGAGAAGGAGUCGUUGGCCUUUCCUGGGCCCAGUGUCAGGGCCCUGGUCAGAGGCCCUGGGCCUUUGGGGAGAGGGGUGUCAUGUGAGCACUCACCUGACCCCAUGUACACAAGCAUAGGCGCACACCUGACAACUGUAUCCUCACGGCCCACCCGUAGAACUCACGUAAGUAGAUUUGCUAAGCCAGCUUCUGGUCUCGGUCAAGGGAGUGAGGUGGGUGCUGGACUAAAGAGGAGAAGGUAAAAGGACACGUCUUUUAGGAGUGUUUCCUAGAAUGUUUCGCCCUGUUGAGCGUGUUCACACGACGGACUGAUUUGGGUGCCUACCGAGCCAUCCACUAGUUCGCAGAAGCCCCACCUGGUCUCCCGCAUGCCGUAAACAGUUAUCCGGGAGAUGGAGCUCCAGCGGCAGAGAUGCAUAUUCAGAGCUUGCUUGAUAGUUUUGCCAGACCCCAAACUGGCGGCUAGUUAAAGCAAAGGAAAGGGCUUGAGGAAGAUGAUGGUCUCCUUACACGGGGGAGUCUACAAACGGAAGCAAGUUUGGCCUGAAAGUGCGGGCCUCUGCAAUCCAAAGUGAAAGCCGGUGGGUGGGUAGCUUUAGAAAACUGUAGGAGGAGAAGCAUUCCUGACCACAGCAGCGAGAGGUCACGGACACAGGAAGUACAUUUGGGCCGUCGUCCUGCCUUGAACCAAAGGCCCGGAGCACAGGGCAGCUCAUAAAUGAAGACAGCGCCGCCUCCCCACCAGCCCCUGGGCUGCAAACCCCCCUCCAGCCACGCAGGGCUGUGGUGACCCGCACAGCUUCAUUCCCAUCUGUAAAAGACACCAUCAGAGCUUUCACUUCCCUAGUAUACGUUCUUUAAAUUAAAAAAAAAAGUUUAUGUGGUAUAAUUGCGAUGGGUACCUGUAUCUUUAAACUACGUAACGAAUUUUGUAUGUUUAAAUCAUUGUACUGGGUUCCAUAAUGCUGCCCUUAGAAACUGUUUAGUAAAAGAAAAUAUAUAAGCUGUGCAUUUGUGAAUGCCUCCUCCGUAGAGCAUUCAUUCAAGUUCAAUGUGUAGUGUGAUGGUGAUUCUAGAUACGUAAAGGCUAGUAAGUGACUGUAAUGGAGAAACUGCUAUUUACACGCGUCGUCACGGGUGGGUGGCUCCUGCCCCGGAGUUAAAUCAGUAUUGUCCUUCACUGUCGGUUUGCUCAGUUGCAGUACUGGUAGCUUCCUGCUUGUGACUUAGCUAAUCGUGUCGAUGUACAUCCGUCGUAUGUACACGUGAAAGUGCCUUUCUAUUUUAGAGGAGUUUUAGCCUUGCUCUUGUACUGUUGCAUUCUUCAAGGCCCAACCCACCCCUCCCGCGCCACCCGCCCCAUCCCUGCAGCCCCGCUCUCAGAACUUCUCCACUCCACCCUCCUGCGCCAGGUGCUCAGUGUUGUCCCCUCUGGUCCUGGGCUCCCUUGUCCCCCUGACUGUGCCUUUCCCGCCCGCCCUUCCUGUGUCUCCUACCCCACGCCGUGCGGCCGAGCCCACCCGCCCCUGUGCCUGUUUCGCGGGGCCAAGCGGGAGCUUUUCCUGUUCUGGAGGAAACGAAGGUUGUUCCUCUGUUGUGUCAGUGCACUUUUACGUAGAGUACUGUGCACUUGGGCAUGUGCCCUCGCAGGCGUCCGCGUCGUCGGGUUUGCCCUUCCGUGUACCUUUAUAAUAAACGAGACCGUGCUGGCUGCCCGUGUCUGCUACCGA